UGUUGCGACACAGAGGGAAGGGUCACACACAGGUUAAGAGUUCUCAUCCUUAACAACAUUCUUGAGUGAAGAGGAAAAUGGCAUCCACAUGGGAUUAACCUUGUGUAUUCAUUAGAGAUGGAAGUCAAAGAGCGGGAUUUGUUUAGAAAAUUUGUGGAGACAACUUUUCAAUUUACAAAAUCUGAGUCUACUGGUGGAGCAUGUGAGUCCUGGUGGCCGAAUGGUGGGUAUGCUCCCGUGGGCUGUGGUGGCAUUGGUGAGCAACUUGCCCCAGGAAGUGAUCUGACUCCAGCUCCCAAUGGUGCUUUUGUUGGGAGCCGUGGAACCGUGAAAGAUUGCACAUGCUUCAAUGUCGGCAGGGACGUUGAUAACCUUCGCAAGGCGAUAGUAGGACUAGGAACCAAUGAACAAGCAAUUAUUGAAAUUCUGACACACAGAAGCAACUGGCAACGUCAACAAAUUUGCAAAGAAUACAAGGGAACCUGUGGACGUGAGCUAAUAGAUGAUCUAAAAGGUGACCUUUCUGGUGACUUUAAGCAUGUGAUCACUGCUCUGGUGCUGCCACCAGCACUAUUUGAUGCACAGGAGCUAGAAAGAGCAAUGCAGGGACCUGGUACAAAUGAAAGUGUGCUGAUCGAAAUUCUUGCUACAAGAAGCAACCAGCAAAUAAAAGAAAUAAAGGAAGCUUACCGUUCAGAAUAUAAAAGGGAAUUAGCAAAGGAUAUUGCUGCAGAAACAUCUGGGGAUUUUAGAAGAGGUUUGCUCAUCUUGCUAGAGGCUAGGAGGGAUGAAAAUUGCCAGAUUGUGGAUGAAAGACUUUUUAAGAGUGAUGCUCAGGCUCUUUAUAAGGCCGGUGAGAAGAGACUGGGGACAGAUGAAGCUAAAUUUAUCGAAGUCUUGUGCUUAAGGAGCCCUGCACAACUACUAACAACAUUUGAUGAGUACAAAGCAAUUACCAACAAGACCAUAGAAGACAGCAUUAAGAGCGAAAUGUCUGGAGAUCUGAAGGAUUUGAUGUUGACAAUGGUUAAUUGUUCAAAGUCCACAUCUGUCUAUUUUGCUGAAAGGAUCCACAAAAGUGUAAAGGGCCUCGGUACUGAUGAGAACACUCUUUCAAGAAUCAUGGUCAGCAGGUCAGAAAUUGAUCUCCUGGAUAUACAAGAUGAGUAUUUGAAGCUGUAUGGCAGAUCCUUGUACGCUACUAUCAAGGAUGAAACUUCUGGAGAUUACAAGAAUACUUUGCUUAAACUCUGUGGAACAGGAAACUAGACAACCAUUAAAUAGCUGAACAAAGUGCUAUGUAGAUGUUAAUGUAGAGAAUAGAUGUGCUUCUAUUGUGCAUUGUUUAAUUAAAGUGAAAAAAUAACAAUUGAUUGUCUAUCAAUAAUCCACAAUAUUUCAUCUAAAUUGCAUCAUUUUAAAUAUAACGUCACACACAGAUUGGUUCCUACUUCCUCCAAAGGGUGUUAAAUUGGAUCAGAGGGAAGAGUAGAGUAUGGUGUUAUUUUUGCUCCUAUCCAGUGUAGCCACUCAACAAGUUAAUCAUCCUGGAUUUGCUGUAAUCACCGAAACUGUUAUUGCCGAUAAGAAUUUUACCAUAAAAGGUUCUCUUUUCAGGAUCAAAUCUAAAGAGGGUAGAAUAGAAAUUGUUGCAUGGAAUCAGAUAUAAACCACAGUGUAUGUAAGCUUUUUAUAUGAACAAAAUUUAUCAAAUACAUUAUCUGUUAUUUAAUUGUUUGAUUUGGUUUUGCUCUCUACACUAUUGUCAUUUUUAUCAUCUGCAUGCAACAAUCAUUUGGAUAGGCAAAUAAUAAUUUGCCUCAGUUGUCACUGCAGAAUCCAAUGUUUUUUUCCAAUACCUUUAGUUCCAUUGAAUGAGUCCCCUAAUGAUUGUUGCAAAAUAUUAUGGUCAGACAAAUUGAUAAUGGGAAAGUCAAUACACCUGGAAAAAUGGUAUCUGACAGAGAGAGCUGUACAGAUUGUUAUUUCAAAAGCUAAAAGUUUAAAGAGCUGUUUAACUCAAUAUUUCAUAAGACUCAGCACUCAAAUAAUCACUGACAAAUGUAGUAAUUUUUGUAUCCAUUUAAACAUGCUCACAUAAAUAUUUAAGUCACACAAAACACUUUAAAAACACAUGCAUUAUCUGCAAG